UCAGCUGAUAAACUCUUGACCACGCGAAUGCACUCCGGGAGUGAAUUUCUGCCUGACUGAUAAGUGUGAUUGAAAAGCGCGCACUAUUGAUUACACAAGUGCGGCUCUGUGUCACGGGGGCAUCCCGAGGGCGGCGAGGCAGAGCUCAUGUCGUGGGCAGGCCAGUGUGCGCAGCGCGAGAGUCUCAGGAGGCGAACAAUUGCGCGUCCCUUUGACAGUGACAAUCGCGAACGUGUGUUUCUCGUGCGCUCCGUCACGGCCCUAGCCAAUGCUCACGCCCGCCCGCGACCGCUCGCGACACAAUGGACAGCAAUGCUGCGGAAUCUGCCGACUUGGCCAACGAGGAACCGGCCAGCAGUAACAUUGUCAUCAAUUCGAUCCGCGCGAAAUCGCUUCUUCGCAAUCAACUGGAGAAAGCCACAGUGAUACAGUCCAGGAUGCCCAACAUCAAAGUGUUCUCGGGAACGUCGCAUCCGGAUCUCGCGCAGCGCAUCGUGGAUAGACUCGGCAUCGACUUGGGGCGCGUGGUGACGAAGAAAUUCAGCAAUCUGGAAACAUGCGUCGAAAUCGGAGAGUCUGUGCGCGGCGAGGAUGUGUAUAUCGUGCAAUCGGGCUCCGGUGAGAUUAACGAUAAUCUCAUGGAGCUUCUCAUCAUGAUCAACGCAUGCAAAAUUGCAUCAGCUCUGCGAGUCACGGCGGUGAUUCCUUGCUUCCCGUACGCCAGGCAGGACAAGAAGGACAAGACCGGUGGAGAAACCCAAAAGGUGAAAACCCUUAAAUACAACGAAUGGAAGUUUCGGAGUCGCGCUCCGAUUUCGGCUAAGCUGGUGGCGAACAUGCUUUCGGUUGCUGGAGCUGAUCACAUAAUAACAAUGGAUCUGCACGCAUCUCAAAUUCAGGGCUUCUUUGACAUUCCUGUGGACAAUCUGUACGCCGAGCCGGCCGUUCUCAAGUGGAUUAAGGAGAAUAUUCCGGAGUGGCGCAACUCGAUAAUCGUGUCUCCGGACGCCGGCGGCGCCAAGCGCGUAACGUCGAUUGCAGAUCGGCUGAACGUGGAGUUUGCGCUGAUUCACAAGGAGCGCAAGAAGGCCAACGAGGUGUCGUCCAUGGUGCUGGUGGGCGACGUGAAGGACCGUGUGGCCAUCCUGGUGGACGACAUGGCGGACACGUGCGGCACGAUCUGCCACGCGGCGGAGAAGCUGAUGGAGGCUGGCGCGACGAAGGUGUACGCAAUUCUCACGCACGGCAUCUUCUCCGGUCCGGCGAUUUCGCGGAUAAACAAUGCGUGCUUCGAGGCAGUGGUGGUGACCAACACAAUCCCGCAGGAUGGUCACAUGCGGGACUGCCCGAAGAUCCAGAUGAUCGACGUGUCGAUGAUGUUCGCCGAGGCAGUUCGUCGGACGCACAAUGGCGAGAGUGUCUCUUACUUGUUCUCUAACGUGCCUUACUAAAAAGGAAAAUGACACACAGGAAGGCAGGAAGAGAAAAGAUGUAGAGUCAUUUCGGGGAGUGCUUGACUCUCUCAGCGACGAGUGGGAGAAUCUCUGAUAUAAAUUUUCGAUGAGAGUGCGUGAGAAGGCAGCAAAAGUUGUGAAAUUGCAAGGGAAAAAAAGGAGGGAAAAUUGUAUGAAAGGGUGCCAUCAAUGGAUGUUUUUAUAGCUAAGACAUUUUCAGAAAUCAUUUAUAAUUUGUAAAACUGUAUGGAGAGCGAGAGAGAGAGAGAGAGAGUAGAGCAAAGUGAAGAAAUUGUAGAUGGGCUAAAUGAAACAUUGAUAUAUAAUUUUGGAUUGUAAAUAUUCCUCUUGCCUCUAAAGUGAGAGAAUUUUUGAGAAAUUAUCAUUUAUAGAAACUUCUGUUUUACGAACUUUUAUGCAGGAAUAUCAUAGUUUUAUCAGGCAUUAUAA